ACAAAAAAACAAAGUAAUAUGGCGGCAGCUUUUUAGUGGUUUGGUAUGGUUGUGAUCAAGUAUAAUAAAAUGACUGCAGACAAUUCAACCAGAGAACUAGUUUGUUGCACAUCGGUUGUGAAGAAUGAUCAAGAGGAAAUGACUUUGUAUAAAGCUUGCAAGCUUGGUGAUCCUGAUCUUGUGGAAAGUCUGCUUAAAAGUGGGGGAAAUGAUGUGAAUUUGUUAAUUGAUGGAUGGUCAUGUCUGCAUGAAGCCAGCAUGCAUAGAUGUCAGUUUUGUAAAAUAACCAAAUUAUUAUUGGAACAUGGUGCCAAUGUAAACAUUCAAGAUAACUUAGGGAACACACCGCUUCAUAUGGCCAUUAUAUAUCACUGUAAAGAAAAUGCAAAACUUCUCUACGAGUACAAAGCAGACAUUCAUCUCAAAAACAAAAAUGGUAGUUCAUCAGUUGAGGUAGCUAAAAGUCUUCAAGAUAACGAAAUCCUACAAAUUUUAAAACAAAACGUGAUUGUGGAGAAAAAAAAGAAACCUAAAAAAGAAACUCCGAAGGAGAAUUCUACGUUGAAGUUACUGGAUAUAUAUAAACACCAUGUUCCAUCACCUCCAAUAUUGAAAAAAAGGAAAUAUGAAUUUGAUAAAGAUGAUGUGCCAAAAGUGAAGAAAGCCAAUGUUUCUUUUAAAGAAGAAUAGGAUGUCUUAACAACUUUUUUGUUUUGUUUUACAAUGCUUUUUUGUAUCUUUGUAAAAAGUUUAUGUUUUCACCUUUUUUAUGGUGUGUGGCUUUCCUGGUUUUCUUGGUCUUCUUACUGUUUUUUUAAAUUCUGUUAACAAACUUAUUUUUUGUUUAACCAUCUUUUAAAAUGGUACAUGUUUGAAUAAGGGAGGCAUGCUGUGCAUAAUCACAUGGAUGUACAUUUAUAUUUUUGAUGAUAAAUGAUCUUUUUACUUCAUCUAAGAUCUAUAUUACAUAAAUAAAUUUAUUUAUAUAUACUCAUAUUUAAUAACAGCAGUUUAUAAAUGUAGGGUAAAGGUUUUUAGAAGAAUAAUGUAUAUGCUAAGAAUUUUUUUAAGAACAAACAAAGUGAAUUAUGGUGAAGUAACAAUUUUAAGGAAAAUAAAAAAUAGCAGCAUUUUAGCUGCAGUCUUUUAUUUUUUAUUUUAUUUUGUUUUUGGUGAAGAUCUUUCUGUGUUACUUUCAUGAUGCACUUUAGAAUUUUUGUUAUAAAGUGUAUAUAUAUAUAUAUGCAGCAAUAUUUUUUGUAGGUAGAAAAAACAGGUAUUUUUGUAUCCACUUGUAAUAAUUAAAAGAAUGCCAACUAAAGACUUAUUUUUACUUACUUUUGGUAAAAUAAUUGUAGGGGUAAAAAAUGACUGAGGAAGUUGUACCACCCAUUUCAAUUUAACAACCCCAUAUCAGAAUUUUGUUGAAAAUCCACCCCCUCCUCUUUUUAAAACACCCAAUAUCCAAAUUGUAAAGAAUUUUUGGUAGAAUUGUAAAAUUAAAAAAAAAGGUUUAUAUUUCAAAAAAGGCUUCAAAAACAUCAUGAGGAAUAUACAUGUGACACAACAAAUAAUUCAACUUUCUCAUAAAAGAAGUCAGAAUUUGAUGACACAAUAAAAUCAAUUAAAGGAGAACUAAAAUCUCUGUGUCUCAUCGUAGUUUUGAUAUGCUCUAAAUUACAUCAAUUAUACUAUAAUGCAACCACCACUGACACAUUGUAUAUAAAAAUGUGCUGUCACUGCUGUAGGAAAUAUGGCUAAAGUUUUUUUAUCCAGUCUGUUGUAUAUACAAGAGUUUAAAUUGUUAAAGAAAAAACAGCAUUUUUGGUUUUAAACAAAAAAAUGCCUUUUCCAUGCCUUACUUUUGGAGUUAUGCCUUAGGUCAAGGCUCUUUGAUCUUUGAAUUACUUAGCUGAUUGAUUAGAACUCAAUUUUUUUUACCCCCAUAGUAUAGGCAUCAUAUAACCGACCCUGGCUCUUUGGAUCAAGUUUGGUUUGUUGUUUGUUGAUUUAUUGUGACAAAAUUAAAUUAAACACACAAAAAGCUUUUCCUGAAGUGAUGUAUCUAUUUUAAUCAGCAUUCCGCCACACUGUAGCAGGGAAAGUUGCUUAUUGAGGGAAAAGUGUCAUUGAAAUUGAUUUGAAGUUAAAUGGCUGCUAAGUUAAUUGCUUAAGUUUUCAGCAAAAUAUGAGACCUGGACCCUAAAAAAAAUGCUUUCAUAGUCUUUUUAAACAAAAGAAUGUUUUGUUUUUACAACCU